GUCGGACCACCGAGUGAAACGCUUUGAAGAGUUAACUUCAAUUUCCAGUUCUCCUCUCACACACUCGAUUACAGGAUUUUCUCUGUAUUCACGAUGAAGUUUUUUGGAGUUGUGAUCCUUUUUAUGGCUCUGUCUGCAGCAUGCGCAUUGAAAUGCCACACAUGUUCAGGCAAAUCCUGCAAAAAUUCAGUAGAUUGUCCUCCCGGUGUUGACCAGUGUGCCAUCGCCGAAAAGGAUGGUAACGUCGCCAAGACCUGCAUGCUCAGUGCUUUGUGUAUUGACCCCAUAAAGUGCUGCUCCACGGACUUGUGUAACAGCGCCACACCCACUGCUUCCAGUAUCCUCCUCCUGCUGGUGUCCUCCGGCAUCAUGACUCUCUUUUUCUGAGGCUCUGGAGCAGCUGCAGCUUAAAAAUAUUUGUCUUCCUUCUUUCCUACUGAGUUUGUAACUCCAAAGGAAGCAGCAAUAUUUUCAGUGUGUAAAAAGCUGAAAAUGAGCGCAGAUCAAUGUUGGUUCAAUAAAAACCCAAUCUGAUCAACCACUGAAA